AUGAGGAGUGAUAUAUACAAAGGGAUUCAAGAUGCAGUUGUUAGGGUUGGAACUCGUGCUUCCAAAGCAGAGUACUGCAACAAGUCAAAUGCUAUCAAAUAUUUGUUCAAGUACGUGAAUAAAGGUCCAGACAGGGUAGCAGUUGGAGUUACAAAGGAAGCUUCCAGUGGAGAGGAUGCUCAGAGGUGGCCUUCAGUGAUGAGAUUAACCUUUUAUUUGCCUGGAGAACAAAAUAUCAUUUUUAAAAACGAUGAUGAUCUUGAGGAAAUCGUGAAAGAAGAGGAAGGAAAAUGUACAAUGUUCUUAGCAUGGAUGGAGGCCAAUAAAAAAUUUGAAUCAGGUCAAAUUUUGAUAUAUGCUGAGUUUCCAAAUCAAUUUGUUUAUGAUAGAAAAGUAAGGAGAGGUUGCACAACAUAUGAGUCUAUUAGGACAGCUAAUGGAAUUACAUAUUCUAGCUUUCAAGAUGCUUGCUAUUCCAUGGGACUACUAUGCGAUGAUAGGGAAUUCAUUACAGCUAUUAAUGAGAAAAAUCUCUGCCUUAUUGAGAUUGAGAAGAUACUCAACAGCAAUGCGAGAUCUUUAAGAGACUAUCAAUCAAUGCCAUAUCUUGAGAUGUCUGAUGUUCGCCUUUUUCAGAAUAAGCUAAUAAAGGAGGAGUUAGCAUAUGGCACAAAUGAGUUGACUCAUACAAACUUAUAUACGGAACAAAAGAUGAUUCAUGAGCAAAGGUUAGUAUUCAAUGAGAUACUCAAUGCUGUUAUUACAGACUCUGGUGGUUUUUACUUCGUUUAUGGGCAUGGUGGGUGUAGUAAGACAUUUAUUUGGAAUGGACUUUCUUCUGCUAUUCGGUCUAGAGGGAAUAUUGUUUUAAAUGUCGCAUCCAGUGGAAUUGCGUCUUUACUCCUACCUGGUGGCAGAACGACUCAUUCUAGAUUUUCAAUACCCAUUACAAUUACUGAUGAAUCUACUUGCAACAUCAAGCAUGGCAGUUUGAAGGCUGAGCUACUCAUCCAAAGUAACUUAAUAAUUUGGGACGAAGCUCCAAUACUCAAUAAAAUGUGCUUUGAAGCACUUGAUCGGACGCCCAGGGAUCUUAUGUUAGUUACCGAUCAACAUAAGACACAUCAAUCAUUUGGUAGUAAGGUUGUUGUUCUAGGAGGUGAUUUUAGACAGAUACUUCCGGUGAUUCCGAAAGGGAGUAGACACGAUAUAUUGACAUCAACUAUUAACUCAUCCCAUCUGUGGUCGUUUUGUAAGGUUCUGAAACUGCAUAUGGAGGCUUCUAAUGCCUUCUUCGAAUUAAGAUGA